AUCAAACAAACACACAGCAACUCAUAUUAAAUGAGUUAAUUGGCAAACUUUACCUGCCACCAAUUAAAGUGCCUCUGAUUAAGCCCAAAUAAAAUUCUGAUGUUCCAGUAGGCUUGUCCUGACUUUUUUUUUUUUUUUUUUGUAUGUGGUCUAGCAGAACGCUGAAGCAGUGACUCCUAUUUGAACGGUUGCAAAUUGCUUCUGGGUUGUAUAAACCCUGUUCUCGCAGAAAAAAAAAAGUAGCCCCUUUCCAAACAUUUUAUUCCCCCUGGGGACCCCUUUUUGAGGACCCUACUUUAGUAUUACGCAAACGCCAAGCAAUAGCUGCAUAUCUGGUUAACGUGAGUCAAGAAGCUGUGACGUCACGACAUCUUGACGCAAUCAUGGCCCAUUCAGCUCGAGUUUCCUCCUUUUGAUGAGCUGCGGAGAAACACAAGGGAGGAGGGAGGGGGGGGGGUCUCUUGAGUAGAGAGGCAAGAUCCCCCCCCCCCACACCCCCCAACCUCUUUCCCCAGCCCAUCACCAUCAUUUCUUCUGCUGCUGCUGCUGCUACUGUCUGUGAUGUAAAUGCAAGACCAUGUUGAAGUUGUUCUCCGCGCGGGACGACGACAACGAGAGGCUCCUGGGGGGCAUCGCAGAAGAUGAAGGCGACAACCCAUUCCUCGGUGAAACUAAGCUGCCCUGGCUAGGCAGAUCUUAUCAUCCCCUGGUGCUCAAAGAUGCAGGAGAUAUGUCCAAAUCGGGGCAAGUCAGAUCAAAAAUCUCUUCUUCCAAGUCCUCCGCCGAUGAAACGGUCACGCCGUGCGAAGAAAAACCUCCUUCCAGCAUCCUCCACGUGGAGGAAGGUGGCUGCAUGGUGACUCCCUGGGUCGAAGGCCAGGGCAAGAAGCCUUCGGGCCCUCUGGUUCUGAGUCUGGCCCAGGAGGACAAGAAGCUCAAGACCUCCAAGGAGGACUUUGUAAUCGAGGAGAAGGAAAUGGAGGAAUCUGAAGACCUCCAGAAUCAUUUUAAAGAUGUUGUCUCUAAUGGAGGAGAAGAAGAAAAAGCCUUCGCAUCCUCUCCGGUCUAUCCCGACAACGAGUCCGGACCGGUCGGCAUCCUGACCAAAGAUCGAGCAAACGCCUUGGGGGAGGUCGCUCCGGUCUGGAUCCCGGACGCCGAGGCUCUCCUGUGCAUGAAGUGUGGCGUCAAGUUCACGUUUACCAAACGGAGGCACCACUGUCGCGCCUGUGGCAAGGUGUUUUGUGCACUUUGCUCCGGCCUGAAGUUCAGACUUACACAUCUGGACGGCAAGGAGGGGCGAGUUUGUGUUUCCUGUCAUGCAACCCUCAUUAAAAGCACGUCACCGAGAGGGAAAAGGAGGGUCUGGUUCGCAGACGAGCUCCACGUCGACAAGCAAUCCGAGUCCGCCCCCACCACGCCCGUCGGAGGGCACGCGUUCUCACCAUCUGUGAGCCGAGCGGCGCGAAACGGGAUGGCCAAAGGUCCGGCGGGGUCGCCGCAGCUCAGGAGAGCCUCCAGGCCACAAGGGGGCGCUAAUGAGGCGUGUGCUCCUCGACGAUGGGGAAUGUCCACACUUGUGAACACCUCGUCUAACCUGAUCCCGCUGGAAGGCCUACCGCCUAUCCUCACCUCCACAGGAAUCAAAGGGGAUUAUACUGUGGAGGAGCGUCCCUCUGAGAUGCUGCUCAUCCAAGAGCUGGAGAGCGGCCGCUCCAACCCUCUGGUGUUUGUCCUCAAUGCCAACUUGCUCGCCAUGGUAUCGAUGGUCAAUUACGUUAACAGAAAGUGUUGGUGCCUGACCACCAAGGGGAUGCACGCCGUGGGCCAAGUGGAGGUGGUGGUGCUCCUGCAAUGUCUGCCCGAGGAGAAGAGCUUCCCCAGGGACAUCUUCAGUCAUUUCGUCCAGCUGUACAGGGACAGCCUCACGGGAAAGGUGAUCAAGGAUCUGUCGCUGUCCCUGUUUAGCAGCCGUUUUCUGGGAAGCGAUAUGCACGCGGGCUUCUUGUUUGUCCGACCCACCCGUCAGUCCCUUCAAGGUCUGCCCCUGCCCAGCCAGCCGUAUCUCUUUGGUCUGCUGCUCCACCGGGCCGAGGUGGUCUGGGCCAAGACGUUCCCUUUGCGUCUCAUGCUGCGCCUGGGUGCAGAGUACCGAUUUUACCCUUGCCCUUUGUAUAGCGUGCGCUUUAGGAAGCCUUUGUUUGGGGACAUUGGCCACACAGUCAUGAGGCUUUUAGUGGACUUUAGGAAUUUUCGUUAUAGUCUCCCAAUGGUGGCGGGGCUCACAGUGGAUCUGGAGGCUCAUAAGACCCGCAUAAAGAUACAAACUACCGCGUACAACGAGCUGAUGAAGGCCAUGAACAAGUGCAACGAGCAUGUCCUGGCCAUGGGGGCUUGCUUCAACGAGGAGGCCGAUUCUCACCUCAUCUGCGUGCAAAGGGACGACGGCCAGUACCAGACGCAAGCCAUCAGCAUCCACAACCAGCCACGUAAAGUGACUGGCUCGUGUUUUUUCAUAUUCAGCAGUGCACUGAAAGCAACUGCGGGUUACUUUGCCAAAUCCAGCAUCGUCGAAGCCUGUUCGGCACUGUCUGUCAAUGUUGACAAAAGAGUACAGUAUGUAUACGUGUCUGUGUUUGCGUGCGUGUGCGCGCGCACGUGUGCGUGUGCCCGCCCCGCCUCCUCCCCAGAUGGAUUAAUGGUGCAGAUUACCCCGGAGACCAUGGCAGAGCUGCGCAGGUCGCUCCGGGAGAUGAAGGACUACGCCGUCAACUGCGGCCGCGUGGAUCGAACCGACAGCCAGGAAGAGCUCGUUUGUGUGCAGUGGGUGGAGGCCAAGUGCGCCCUCAAUAAAGGGGUUAUAAGCCCCAUUGAUGGUAAAUCCAUGGAGUCCAUCAGCAGUUCAAAGAUGUUCCAGAAAUCCGAAUACAAAGAAAACGGGAAGAUUAUCCACUGGACAGAAGUGUUCUACCUGCAGAGGGUCGAGCCCCCAAAAGGAAUAGCAGCCAACAUACCAGAACACAACCGGCUGACGGAGCGCAUCGCCCGGGCCUUUUGCUUGGCGCUGUGUCCGUACCUCAAACUCCUCAAGGAGGACGGCAUGGCCAAGUUGGGGCUGCGUGUCACCUUUGACCCACAGCAGGUGGGCUUCGUGGCAGGCAGCAAUGGGCGCCCACUACCCCCUCAGUACUUGAACGCCCUGGACAGCACGCUCAUUCCCGUCAUCCACAGCAGGGGGCGCAAGAGAAGCGACGAGCCCAUCGUGAUGGAGCUCAUCUUUUACAUCCUGGAGUACAUCACAUAGAAAAGUACCGGUACCGCAAACGCUGACAACUAAGCUCAUCUUUGACCCUGAAAGUCAUCAGGACAAUCCACUCAUGAGGUUUCACUCGUGGCGUUUUUCUGACCUUACACCGCAGCGACGUGGGUGUCAAAUCAAGAAAAAGAUCAAACUUUAGUAGUAACUCCAAAAAAAAAAAAACCAAAAAAAAAACUAAGUAACUUUAACAUGAGGGCUGGAUUCUUCCCCUGCUAGUUUAAAUGAAAGCGAAUGAUUUAGUGAGUAGUGGAUGCACAUGGAAUGAAUGCCUGAAUGAUGUCUUGAAAUGGAAUGUUGCAUUUAAUUAUUUCAGCUUGGAAUUAAACUUUGCAAUGAAAAC